ACUAUAUAUGGCCAUCUCCCUCUUAGCACACUUAGAACAUCAAUUGCAAGGGUCAAUGAGUACGUUCUAACAGUUUUGUUCUUAGCUCGGAGUGGCGCUGCCGACAUCUACAGGAGGAUAGGAGGGUUCCCACCAUUUCUCUUCCACUUCUUCUCAAGAACUGUGCUCUCUAAUGAUGUUUGGAUUCAUGGCUCCUUUGUCUGUUCUUGUGUUGGUCUUCUUCUCUGCUCGAGGUUGCUUGGCGGCCUCGUUCACGUUCGUCAACAACUGCCAGUACACUGUGUGGCCUGGCGUGUUGUCGAACGCCGGCAACGCGGCGCUCUCGACGACGGGGUUCGCCGUCGAGGCAGGCCAGUCGAGGAGUAUAGAAGCGCCGGCAGCGUGGUCGGGCCGCUUCUGGGGCCGCACCCUUUGCGCCACUGACUCCACCGGCAAGUUCAGCUGCGGGACCGGCGACUGCGGGUCGGGCAAGGUGGAGUGCUCCGGCCGCGGGGCGGCCCCUCCCGCCACGCUGGCGGAGUUCACCCUGGGAGGUGGAGGGAAUGGGACGGACUACUACGACGUGAGCCUGGUGGACGGCUACAACUUGGCCAUGCUGGUGGCGCCGCAGGGCGGGUCGGGGGGCGGCGGGUGCGGCUCCACGGGCUGCGUGGCGGACCUCAACGGGGUGUGCCCGUCGGACCUGCGGGUGGUGCUGCGGUCGGGAACAGGUGCGAGCGAGAGCGUGGCGUGCAAGAGCGCGUGCGACGCCUUCGGGUCGGCGCAGUACUGCUGCAGCGGCGCGUACAGUAACCCCAACACCUGCAAGCCGUCGUCCUACUCCCAGUUCUUCAAGAACGCCUGCCCCAAGGCCUACAGCUACGCCUUCGACGACGCCACCUCCACCUUCACCUGCUCCUCCGCCGACUACCUCAUCACCUUCUGCCCCGGCACGGCCUCCACCAGCCACAAGUCCAAUCCUGAUGCGACCGGCGGCUUGCCGAGGAACGAGGGGCUGCCAUCCAACGACGGCGGAGCCAUGGUGAUUCUAGGCGGAUACGAGUUCGGCCAAGCCUCACCGAGGGCGGCACGCGAGGCCGCGCUUGCCACCGUUUCGCUCGCAGCUCUUACCUCCCUACAUCUCUUGUCAUGGUGGCUGAUUUGCUGAGCCUUCCAUCCAUCUCUUGUCGUUAGCGACGGGGACAAAGAAUGAUUCAGCUGGUGUUCGUCGUCGGUGUCAGGCUGCUCUAUUGCCCACUUGUUUGUACACAUAUUUACAUGAAUUUGAUGUGCGCGUGGCAUGCAUUAGAUA